AUGGAAUUUUCGCCGGAGGCAUUUUCCCGCGAAGGGUUUCAACAGACGCAGCAGAAACCGCAUGCGAUGCAGCAGCAACAGCAACAGCAGCAGCAGCAGCACGGACGAUUACCGGUGCGCUCGGCCUCACAAGACGGCGACGGCAGCAGUCGGCCGUUAGUCGCCGGCAGCAGGUCCCCCCAAGGAGCUGUCGCGGCCGGCCCACGCCCCGUUGCUGUGCGUGUGCCCGCAAUGCGCGGGGGAGCGGGCGGGGGAAGGGGGAGCUCCGCCGCCGCUUCCGCGAUUUCCUAUGGCGGCGCUAAAGUCGCGGAAGAGGAGGAGGAGGAGGAUGGCGAGGGCGAAUACGAGGAGGAGGAGAGUCCGCAGCGGGUGGGGCGGCAGGAUUCCGUGCGGAGCUCCAUCUCCGACACUAGCGCCGACCGCGGGACUUUGAUGGGCGGAAGGGGCGGGCUACGACCGCAGCGGAUGAAAAACGGGCCGGACGGGGGGAGUGCGUCCUUGCGCAUGCCCCCGCGCCCUCCCGGCGCGAACCCCGCGCCCUAUGGGGGGGCGAACCCGUCCGUCGACAGCCCGACGGCGCGCCAGCAGCACCGGCGAGGCGCGUCGUUCGACUCGCGCGUGGUUACGGAGUCGUUGAGUGGUCCGCCCUCAUUUCCCUCCCCCUCCUCGUCCUCAGGCGCAGUUACGUCAGGGGGUUCCGCUUCCGCGCAUGUGCUUUCGCAGUCGCGCUCGGCGAAUCUGUCCUGCGCGCCGUUCCCAGGUGGUGCGCCGACCAGGGAUCCGCGCGCCUCUGCGGGAAGCAGCGGCCUUGCGGGCAAUGCGGGGCGCGGCGGCAGUAGCGAUGGUAGCGGCGCCGUUAGCAGCGGUGCUAAUAGUGCUGGAAGCGGUGCUGCUUUUAACGCGAAUACCGGAGGCGGUGGCGGCAUGAGGGGUCCGACCGGGUCGCAAGCAGGGUCGCAGGCAGGGUCGCAGGCUAGGUCGCAUGGGUCGCAGGCAGGGUCGCAAGCUGGGUCGCGGCCGUGGCACCGGCGGUCGCUGUCGACGCCCGUGGAAGAGUUCGCGCCGCAACUCUCCUCGCCCAUCACCAGGCCGAUGCCGCCUGGAGCAGGGGGGGCAGGGAGGGCAGGCGUGGGCGUGGGGGCAGGGGGGUUGGGGGGGUUAGGGGGGGUCGGGCGAGUAGGGGGAGGGCCAGGAGCAGCGAUAUCCGGCCGCUCUCCGCCCCAGGCUCCAAGUUCCGGUAUGGGCGUGAGCAUGGGCAUGGGCAGCGGCAGAUUAGAUGCGCGGGUAGCAGCAGGAGCAAGGGGGGAAACUCGCGGCGUUAGCAACGCCAGCUUCAGCGGCAGUGACGAGGAAGAGGAAGAGGACGAUGAUAGCAAUGAUAGCAAUGAGCCGGUGGCAGCUCCAGCGAGGGUUGCGGGAAGGACCUCAGGCGCGAGCGGGACUGGUCGAGGUGCUGCCGCCGCCCCUGCUGCCUCCGCCGCUGCCCCAGCAGCGCGCGGAAGAGGGCGGGGCAGAGGCGUGGAUGGGAGAGGAGAGAUGGCGUUCCGGGGCGGGCGCGCGGGAAUGGGCGGAAUGGGGGGAAUGGGGGGACGGGGGCGGGGACGCGCGCACCACCGCACGUUUUCGGAGUCUCAGAUGGGUUUCCUGCACACCACUGAUUUCAGCUCCAUGCAGGAUGACGCGGAAGGGGGGCACGCGGAGUGGGGUUCCGCCGCUGGCGCGCAUGGGGGAAUGCCAGGGGGAAUAGGCGGAGGCAGGGGCGCGGCAGGGGGGAGAGUGCUCGGGGGAGCAGCGGGGAAAUCGCGGUUCCUGAGCGUACAGGAGACGAGACGGGGGGAAAGUGCUCUUAGCAGGUUGGGAGGGGGUAUUGGACGGAGUGUGAGGGAGAUGCGUGAUUAUAACGAAGGUGGGAGCGGAACUGCAGCAGCAGGUAUGGGUGGGGCGCCGAACCUGGGUGGUAGGGGCGGGAGAGGCCCGGGAGUGAUUCGUGGCAUGGCCAGUGGUAUGCCACGGGGUGGCAUGGGCGGCAGAGGGGGCAUGGGCGGGCGGCACAGGCGCACGAGCUCGGAGUCACAGGCAGCAUCGGCGUUCUACAGCGCGCCUGGAGAUGACUUCUUCUGGAGCGGAGGGGGCGACACUGGCGGCCCCCCUGUGAGGCAGGGCGGGCAGCGGGGACUGGGGCAAGGGCAGGGGUCUGGGCAGGGGUCUGGGCAGGGGCAGGGGCAGCAACGGCAGGAGAGUGUGGGGUCAGGACGGAGUAUGCAGAGAGGUGGGGCAGAGGCGGGGAGGGGAGGAGGCGACGUGGGGAGGGGGAGGAUGCAGGGUGCAGGUGGGCGUGGUGGUGGUGCUGGUGCCGGUGCCAGUGGGAGGGGUGUGGUUGGGUCAAGUGGGAGAGGGCAGGGAGGGGUGGGGAGAGGUGCAGGGAGUGUUGGCAGGGGGGGUGGCGGCUCUGUGAGAGCCCAGCAGCAGCAGCAGCGACAGCAGCAGGGGCAGCCGGAGCAAGAGCAGGGGCAGGAGCAGGGGCAGUGGGGGGAACAAGCGGAGGAGUGUGAGCCGCCAGAGCUGCAGAGGGAGUUGACGUUCCGAGUGAACCUGGAGGAGCCGGUGGUUGAGAGAGAACCCGCACUGGAGCGCGAACUCACCUUCCGCAUGGGGGCGACCUGA